AUGGAGAAGAAGGGGACAGAGACGCCUCAGUCCACGCCACACGUGAAAGGGAGCCUCAAGCCCACACUGAUCCUGACUACCCUAAGUGCAUCCUUUGGCUCAGCCUUCCAGUAUGGCUACAACAUCUCUGUGAUCAACACACCUCACAAGGUCUUCAAGUCGUUUUACAAUGACACGUACUUUGAGCGGCAUGGAAAAUUCAUGGACGAGAAUUCCCUGCUGCUCCUGUGGUCUUGCACCGUCUCCAUGUUCCCUCUCGGAGGCUUGUUGGGGUCCUUGAUUGUUGGCCUGAUGGUUAAUAAGUGGGGCAGAAAAGGAACACUGCUGAUCAACAAUGUCUUCGCUGUGACACCUGCCAUCCUGAUGGGGGUCAGCAAGGUGGCCCGGGCCUUUGAGCUGAUCAUCUUCUCUCGAGUGCUGGUGGGAAUCUGUGCAGGCGUCUCCUACAGCGCCCUUCCCAUGUACCUGGGAGAACUGGCUCCCAAGAACCUGAGGGGUGCAUUAGCGACAAUGACGGAGGUAUUUGUCAUCACUGGAGUCCUCCUGGCACAGAUCUUCAGUCUGCAGGCCAUCCUGGGCAAUGCCACAGGUUGGCCGAUCCUCUUGGCUCUCACGGGGGUCCCUGCACUGAUUCAGCUCCUCUCGCUGCCUUUCUUCCCCGAGAGCCCCCGUUACACUCUGAUUGAGAAAGGGGACGAAGAGACGGCAAGGCAAGCUCUAAGGAGGCUUCGAGGCUGCAACUACGAUGUGGAGGCCGAGAUGGAAGAAAUGCGCGAGGAGGAGCGCAAGGAGCAAGCAGAGGGUCACCUGUCGGUGCUCAACCUCUUCACCUUCAGGCCCCUGCGCUGGCAACUCAUCUCCAUCAUCGUGCUCAUGGCCGGCCAGCAGCUGUCCGGGAUCAACGCGGUGCGCGGGGACAGAACCAAGCAUUAUGAGCUGGAUCAAGAGAAAUAGGAUGGACAUGAUAACUUGACUAUCAUCUUGGGGGACAGUGCCAUGGGCUCCUCCAAGAUCACGUAGAGGUUUCUCGUGGAUGAAUUUCAGCCACAGCAACUGUCCACAUAUGCUUUGACUCCGCCGUAUAAGCACACCGCCACGGUAGAUGAGACAAUCCUUGCAAGCAUCUGGGAAACAGCAGACCAGGAGCGAUUCUAGAGCAUGCUUGCCUCCUACAACCACAAGGUUCGUGCCUGCUCCAUGGUAUUUGAUGUCUAGAGGCAAAUCACCUAUAAGAAUUUGGAUACUUGGUAUGCUGAACUUCAGGAGUUCAGGCCGGAGAUCCCAUACCGCCUGGUGGCAAAUAAAAUUGAUGCAGCACUAUAAAAGAUUCAAAGAAACUUCAGUUUUGCCAAGAAGUUCUCCUUGACUCGGAACUUUGCCUCAGCUGCCGACAAUACUAAUGUUAUGAACUUGGGUGAGAUUACACAGGAGUUUAAGAAUUUCAAGUUGGAGCAGAAAUAAAAGAACACACCAGACCAAGAGCAGAGAG